CACGUUUCCCAACAACUUGUGUUGGUGUCAGUAUGGUAUUUCGUGUUGUCUUAACUCCUGGUUCUUCUCUUCUUCAGUUUGUUGCAGUAGCUAUCUAGGCCACUCCAGCUGCGGAUUGUGGGUUUCACUUUGUUGUUGCUAUCAGGCCAUUAAGGAAUGUGUUGGGAGAAAACAAAUGGAUUUUUCUUGUGGAGAAGAGAAAAAGGGAUGUAUUUACUAUGGAAGUGAAAAAGCCCAUCAUUAGUGACCUAGAGACCUUCAGACAUGGAAAACGACAAUAGAAAAGUAGUUACAGUUCCAGUGCAGCCCAAUUCAAACAGGCAGAAUAAAGCAGCCAGAAGAUGAGGAGAGCAGUCGGCGUGGGAGCACCGCCGGGGAGCCGGGGCAGCGGGCGGCUCCGCGGGCAGAGGCGGAAGGAGUUGGAGUGCUCAUGCUGCUUGAUCUGCUCUGCAGGCAGAGAAUCUCAGAGAGCUGAAACUCCAUAUACUUGAGUUCAGAAACUUUUUAUCAUCUUAACUGAUGAUGAUCUGCAAUGAUAGAUGGAAUUAUGAUUCUUGCUGUACUGAUCAUGAUGGCUUUUCCCUCCCCCAGUUUGGAAGAUGAUGAACUGAAGCUAAAUAUGGUCCACUACGAAUGUGUGUGCGAAGGCAUGUCCUGUGGGAAUGGAGAUCGUUGCCAGGGCCAGCAGUGCUUCGCUUCCCUGAGCAUUAAUGAUGGUGCUAAGGUCUACCAGAAGGGCUGCUUCCAAGUCUAUGAACAAGGGAAAAUGACGUGCAAAACGCCUCCAUCUCCUGACCAAGCUGUUGAGUGCUGCCAAGGAUACCUGUGCAACAUGAAUAUUACUGCACAGCUGCCUUCCUCCAAAGGACAAACCCUUCAGGGAGAAGCUGUAGGUUACAGCAUGGAAACACUGAUCAUUGUUAUACUUGCUCCUGUGAUAGUGCUGAUAGUUUUUUCUGCGGUAGCUGUGCUGAUCAUCCGGAGGAUACAGAAAAACCAUAUGGAGAGGCUCAAUUCUAGAGAUGCAGAAUAUGGCACAAUUGAGGGACUUAUUGCAUCGAAUGUUGGAGAUAGUACAUUGGCAGAUUUAUUGGACCAUUCCUGCACAUCUGGCAGUGGCUCUGGACUUCCUUUCUUGGUGCAAAGAACAGUGGCUCGCCAGAUCACACUGGUAGAGUGUGUAGGAAAGGGCCGUUACGGAGAGGUUUGGAGGGGUCAGUGGCAAGGAGAAAAUGUUGCUGUGAAGAUCUUCUCUUCUCGGGAUGAAAAAUCCUGGUUCAGGGAAACUGAAUUGUACAACACUGUAUUACUGCGGCAUGAAAAUAUUUUAGGUUUUAUUGCAUCUGAUAUGACUUCCAGAAAUUCUAGCACCCAGCUGUGGUUAAUUACUCACUAUCAUGAAAUGGGGUCUCUGUAUGACUAUCUACAGCUCACUACCCUGGACACUGUCAGUUGCCUACGGAUAGUACUGUCCAUAGCUAGUGGUCUUGCGCAUUUGCACAUAGAGAUAUUUGGAACCCAGGGAAAGCCUGCCAUUUCUCAUCGGGACUUGAAGAGCAAAAAUAUCCUCGUUAAGAAAAAUGGACAGUGCUGCAUAGCAGAUUUAGGCCUUGCCGUUAUGCACUCCCAAAGCACGAAUCAGUUGGAUGUGGGGAACAAUCCCCGAGUGGGUACCAAGCGCUACAUGGCUCCGGAAGUCUUGGACGAAACUAUCCAGGCAGACUGCUUCGACUCUUAUAAAAGGGUCGAUAUCUGGGCUUUCGGGCUGGUCCUUUGGGAAGUAGCUAGGCGCAUGGUUAGCAAUGGUAUUGUAGAAGACUAUAAACCACCAUUUUAUGAUCUGGUUCCAAAUGAUCCCAGUUUUGAAGACAUGAGAAAAGUGGUCUGUGUAGAUCAGCAAAGACCGAACAUUCCCAACAGGUGGUUCUCAGACCCAACACUAACAUCUCUUGCCAAGUUGAUGAAAGAAUGCUGGUAUCAGAAUCCGUCAGCAAGACUAACAGCCCUGCGAAUCAAAAAGACUUUGACCAAAAUUGAUAAUUCCUUAGAUAAACUGAAAGCAGACUGUUGACCUUCUUCUCAUGGUGCUCUCCUGAUAGGAAGGCAUUUGUUUGGUUCAGAAGUAGUCUGGCCAGACAAGUUAUAUAAUUGGUCCCCAUGUGGCUUCUUAUAGAGGCGGAAGUUCUUACCUAGCCAUCUGUUUGGGAGACAUUGGAACCAUAUGAACUUUGCUCAGUGACUACAAUGGGCAUUUCACAAAUGGUCAAGCUAUAAAGACUCACGCUGGAUGUACUGUUGCAAAGAUAGUGGCCUGAAGGAAGACAGAGAAAUCCUAAGACAAGAUCAGGGCAUUAAACAAUGGCUUUGAAUAGCUCUUUUUUUUUUUGCCUUUCUUUUUUUUUUUUUUUUUUUUCUUUUUUUCUUUUCUUUUUAAUCUCUUAAUCACUCCCAGGAUGAACACAUGGAAGUGGUAAAUUUUAAUCAGCAAUAUUGCCUGUGCUUCUCUUCUUUAUUGCACUAGGAAUUCUUUGCAUUCCUUACUUGCACUGUCACUGUUAAUUUUAAAGACAUGACUUGCCAAAAAUAUGGUUGGCUGUAUACUACAUUGAUCUAUGCCUGAAUAAUAGGAAAUGAAUUUGGUAAACUGAAAAUGUAACUGUCAGAUUUUAGCUGCAUUUUACAUGUGUACUGAUGUUUACAAUAAUGCUGAACACUAGGAAUUUCUCGUUUAUACAAAACUUGCAAAUUAUUUAUUACUAGUGCACUUGCCAGUUUUUUUAAACUGUAAAAUAAGUGCAUAAAGUUAAAACUUAUUUUUAUGUGGCCUCUUUCAUGAUUUCUUACACAGAUGUUUUUGUAACACAAUAUAACCUGAAACAAAUUGUUUUCUGUAUUAUCAUAUUACAACUUGAUAGUCACAUUUUUAAGUGCUUCACAUUUGUAGGUGUGUGGUCUGUAACAUAUUUUCAGUUCAAAUACGGAACAUAUAUAUAGCCAUUACCCACAUGAUGUUGUGUCUAGUAUCUUACUGAUCUAGAAAAGGAAAGCAAUGGAGGACUUAAGUAGAAUUUCAGGUCAUGAAUGCUGUGGGGAAAAUGCAUUUUAUUUCUUCUAAGCUAUAUAAUAUGCAUUUAAACUCUGCCAGAAAAAUAACUAUUUUGUUUUAAUCUACUUUUUCUAUUUAGUAGUUAUUUGUAUAAAUUAAAUAGAAUGUUUUCAAGUCAAACAAAAGAGUGUUUUAGUUCUCUUCCUGCCUUUUAGUAGCAAAAGUAUACUAAUGCAGCAAUUGAUGGUAUUCCUGGUCAUGCACUCCCAGGUAAAUAGAACAGGUCCAGGUUGGUGCUGGUGGAACACCAAGGUACUGAGGCUUGUUAGCGGUUGUUUGUCUGGGCUUUU